GUAAAGAAUGCCGCUAUCAAGACAGAUGACAAACCUAUCUCUAUCAGAAAAAUUGGAAGAACUAGUCACAUGUGCUGUGUGUCAUGAAUUGCUAAACAACCCCAAAGUAUUCCCGUGUCUUCAUUCAUAUUGUUAUGAAUGUAUCGUGAAACUUUCCCAGCGUGAAUGUGGCUUGGAGUGCCCAGAAUGUCGUGCUCCAGUGGAGGUGAGAUCAUUUUCUGAAUUCUAUUAUAGCCAUUGCAUGGUGUGUUUCGGUCAGGGCCGUAGUGUGUGUGUGUGGGGAGGGGGGGCAGUACAGUUUAAACACAAACCAUGCCAGGCAGUUUAUUGUAGAAGACUAGUUAAACUGCAGGACCACCACUGCAUUUGAGUUAGUUUUUAGGGUAGUUAAGACGCAAACCAUGGCAGCUUGUUGUAGAAUACUACCUACACUGGACCACCACGUUUGAGAUAUCUGUCGCAGGAUGUCAGUUAUGCAUUCUGUGUGUAAUGUUUAUUUGUCCUGUGUUAAAAAUAUUAUAUAUAUAUAUAUAUAUAUAUAGAAAACAUUAUUUGUAUCAUUAAACGUGAUAGGGCAUAAAAUUGCUUCGUAAUGGAACACCCAAUCCCACAUUAGAAUGUCACGGACAUGACUUGGGAUGGUGUGGUAGAUCAAAAUUGGAUUGAUGAACCACAAAAAGAGAACAAAAUAGCAGUAAACGUGUUCCAUUUACGUAAGAGAAAUUUGUGGUAGAGGAAAAAUGUAUUUCUGUUCUGUUAGUAUAAAUAUAGGCUAAAAAGUGUAGUAUUGGAUUGGUUAUUGUCGUGUUGAACGUGUUAUGUGUGUGUUAGUUUGAAUCGCAAAUUGAAAGUUGAGAAUCGUGUUGGGUAAUUGUAAGUAGGUUACAUCAUUGUAAAACGAUGCGCACUAAACAAGUGUAAAUAUCUGUACUUAAUAAAUAUAUCCCAAAUAUACAGUCCCACGUGUGAAGUGUUUUGAAUCGUGAGGCAACAACCAGCGCGUGACUUAAAUCGCACUAAGUUACUCGACAAUAUCUUCUUCAGGUACCGUAGUUCAAACACAAACCACAGCAGCUUAUUGUAGAAUACUACCUUUACUGGACCCCACGUUUGAGAAAUCUUCAGAUAGUUCAAACACAAAGCACCGAAGCUUAUUGUAGAUAUUCGCGUUCUCUUUUCCCACAUUGUCGACAAGUCACUAUAACAUCGACUCAUUUUAACAGGUUGGUAAUCCGCCUGACCUUUCUAUCCUGCCAACAAAUUUCUUCGCCAACAACGUUUUAGCGACACUGAGUUUGGACGACAACGACGAUGCUCCAGCUUUGUUAUGCGACAACUACGAAGAAGCAGAGCAGCCUGUGGAAAAACGCUGCAAAGAUUGCUUCCAAUUCUUGUGCGCUCCAUGUGCCGAGUCUCACCAACGAUCACGCGAUACCAAGAACCACGUUCUAUUAUCGAAAGACGAGUUGAAAAGCAACGAACCGGCGGAGAACGCGAGGGCUGUAAAGUGUAGUAAACAUAACGAACUCAUUAAAUUUUACUGCGACACGUGUAAGGAAACGACUUGUGUGUCUUGUACUAUCCUUGACCACAAACAACACAACCUCCUUUCGCUGGAAGUAAGCUCUACGAAGGCAAAAGAAGAAGUUCAGAAUCUUAUUGAAAAGGUUGAAGAAAGAGUGGAAACAAUCUCGGUAGGAAUCAAGUUAGUAGAAGCAAAAAGCCAAGAUAUAACUGCCAGAGAAGAGGCGUGCAAGUCCCAGAUUGAAAAUUUUUUCACAGAAUUACAUGAGCAAAUCGACGUCGAAAAGCAAAACAUGCUAGCAGUAACCGCAUCGGCUGCGGAAUCCCAAAAGAGUGACGUCGAAGCAUCGAAGAAGGUUUUGGACCUCGCCCUAUCCACGUGUCAAAAUGGCGUCAAUUUUGCAAGGCACACCCUUGAAAAUGGAAACGACGUUCAACUUUUGGACAUAAAGCCAACCAUAACAUGGUACCUUGGUAAUCUAAGGAAUGUUCAAGACAAAAUCACCCCUAACAUUGGAAAUCCGGUUCGAUUUUUGAAAACCGAAUCUUCGAGUGAGAUUUGUCGUCAGUUAACCACAAAAGUUUGCCUCGAAGAGAUAGAUGUCUGUCCUGAAAAGUGCGAAGCGAAGUUUCCAGAUCCCACGCUUAAAGUCGGCAAGAAAUCGGUCAUUGUUAUAACAUGCAAGGACAAGGACGGUCGUAUUAUAAGCUCGGGUUGUGGGAAUGAUCGAAUUCAGCCAACCUUCACUGGUGUGCAGUUACAAGAUACCCAAAUAUCGGAGAACCAAGAUGGCACCUAUGAAAUUUCAUUUGUGGUAAAUGAGCUAGGGACACUCCAGUUUGAAGCAAAGGUCAAUGGCCGUGUGGCUCCAGGUUGUUCUCUUAAAACAGAAGUGAAAUGGGAGCUAAGCGAUGUUCAUGGCAGUGGGAAUUUACGAAUGAAUGGACAGAUGGUCAACUGCAUGUCAGGAGAGGGUGACGUGGGGAAGUAUUGUUUCAGGUUGGGGGAUACACCUAUGACGUCAGGUAUUGUGAAAAUUUUAACCCAUUAAAACAACAUAAACUCUUUCGAUUUGCCAUUUACGAUUUAAUUGUUUCUAAUGUAAAUAUCUCAGCGGGUAUAUACCCCCUUUAAAACUACAAACAGCUUUAAAAUCUUUGCAAAAUAAUCUUUUCAACAGGGGGUUUGAAUGCCGUCACAACAUAAUACACAAACCAAAACAAUCGUACAUUUACUCACCCUUGGCCAAAAAUUCAGUAUUUUAUUUCGAAAAAAACAGCCACUUUAUUAUUUCACUCUGUUUAACGCCAGAUGAUUUUACUCAUCAAGGGGCCAGGGGGAUCCUUAAGCAUGAUCUUUUCACUAGGGGGGGGGGGGGUAAGGCCUAUAUACCGAAAGUAUCCAAAGAAUAAUUAAUAAUGACAUUCUAAAAAUCGUAAAUAUAGUUUUCUCUAGGGGGCAGUUGCACCCUUUGCCCCCCUCUGCAUGUGUACGGCCCUGGCUGGCGCUGAAUGGGUUAAUCAUACUAUCUUCCCGAUGUGUCUGAUUAAGCCAGCCCGGCAAUUUUCAGUCCCGGUAUGCAAAUUCAAAAUUCAAUUAUCAUUAUUCAUUUCUUCAGAAAUUGAUUGUUUUCACACGGUCAAUGAACACGAAAAUAUUUGCAUAGCCGGACUAAAUCGUCAGAAUGGCUACGCUACUGAAGGCGGAUCUUCACCAGCCGAUUCCUGAGACGAUUGUCAAAACAGUUCGCGACGACACGUGCGAAAUUGGAAAAAAAAUGUUCGAAGAGCGAUCGUCUAAGAGUAGGAUCAGUAGAAAAGUAGGAUUACUUCUAUUUUUCGAUGACGAUGGUCAUAAAAAUCGUCUUAUUUUACUCUGUCUGAUGCCAGACGAUUUUAUUCGUCAAGGCGGGAGCGCACACAUCCCAUCUUUUGAAAUGCUGGUUUAUGUUAUUUAAGUUUCUCCUUUCAACAAAGUCCUGGAAAAACGAUGAGAAUUGAUGGAGUUGACAAGCGAGAGUUGCAUUCAACUUUAAUCAACUCUCAUCCUCGUUCGACUGGAAUUGUUGCCUUAGCUGCAGAAAUUUACCAUCCAGCAUUUUCCCUAACAAAUCUCAAGAAAAUGUUCAAUUUUAAUUGUGUACCAUUUCUUCCACACUGUAUAUUAAAAGGUGAAACUUUGCAAUUUUUCUGAUAUUAUUCCUGCUGUUCAUUUUGACACAGAUGCUUGUUUUAAGGUAGCCUGCGAACAGGCUCUCAAUUCGCAGGCUAGUUUUAAGGGAAGUAGGAUCACAUGACCUAUUCAUGUUAGAAAUAUAAACUCUCGAUUUCAGGCGCACAUCACUGGAAAGUCGAAGUCAGCCAUGCAAUGCAAGACGCAGAAGAGUGUUUCCCAGAUCCAGAGGGCCCAACAUUUGAAGUUGGUGUCAUCGAAGCUGGCGAUGAUUAUUCUGAAGCCAGUAUCGUACAUGAAGUUACGAAGAAAUGGGUUUACUCUGGAUCGGCGAAAAAAAUUGCCAAUGUUUUUUUGAAUCUUGAUAUGGGGAAAAAAUCUUUGGAAAUUUUGCCUGGAGGAAGGUAUUUGGUUGCUACGUCGAGGUUUAGUCUUCGACGGAAAGCGUUUCAUGUGAAUGCUGAUGUGGUUUUUCCAUUUUUCUCCGUGAACUGCCCGCACUGCAGUCUAACAUUUUGUAAAAUGAACCCAUAGGAUUGUCAUAUGUGAAGGUUGCUAUUCGCAAGCUCGGAUCUUCAUUAUGCCUUGAUCAACGAGGAUGAGCUAAUAUGAUGUGAGUUAGCAGUGACGAAUUGUUACAGGAGACAUUUCAAGCUCUAGAUUAAACAAAAUAAAGGUUCGAUGAGUGUUUCAAUUGCGUGUUCCAUUGAACAGGUUACAUAGGUAACCAACUAACGAAGGUCGCGGGCAGACUCUCUCCUGGCUGUAGGCGGUCCAUACAGACCGGACGCGUUUGGCAAUGCGAAACUAUUUUCAAUGGCAUUUAACUUUAAUAUUUUUCUAGGUUUUUCAAAUAUUCGAAACCGCUUAAGCAAUUUUAGUUAUUUGGUCUGUAUAUCUUAUAAAAUUUUUAUCCGUUGACG